CGAAGCGCUCUGAUUGGUCCACGCGCCAUUACCAACCUAACAUAAUUAAUUCAUUUUUGUUUAGUUCCCAAACUGUCAUUACGUUUUUGAGAAAUUUUCGAAUUUUUUCGAAACUUGGACAAGUUCAAGUAUUCCGACCCGGUUUCGUGCAUUCCCUGGGCUUGAUUCAAGCCAUGUCAGCAUUUUUUACCACAACUUUACUCCUAACCUAAAAGUGCUAAAAAUUUGUAUGGAUUUGGUUGGGGUGCUCCCGCUUUGACGAUGGACUCGAUUUUCCACGAGAAGCAAGAAGGUUCUCUAUGCGCCCAACACUGCCUCAACUCCCUUCUCCAGGGCCCUUAUUUCACCGCCGUGGACUUGAGCAUCUUGGCCGAGAAACUGGACGAGGAAGAACGUGUCAGGAUGGCCGAAUCGGGUGAAGACUCCGAGGAGUACCGAAACUUCCUCAAACAGCCCUCAGGCAACAUGGACGACAGCGGCUACUUCUCAAUCCAAGUCAUAAGCAAAGCCCUGCAGGUGUGGGGGCUGGAAAUCGUGCCUUAUACCGCCGACGACGAGCGCGUCAAAAACCGCGAUCCGAGCAAAAUGCAAGCGUUUAUCUGCAACUACCAGAACCACUGGUUCACGAUACGCAAAAUAGGGAACCAGUGGUUCAACCUCAACUCGCUCUUGGCCAAGCCCGUGCUCAUUUCGGACACGUAUCUGGCGUUGUUUUUGGCCCAGUUGAAAAACGAGGGCUAUUCGAAUUUCGUUGUCUUCGGGGAGCUGCCCCAGUGUUCCGCCGACGAGGUCAUCAGGAGCAACCCCGUGGUACCCACGCUGAACACCCAGCCGUCGGAGGAGGACCCCGAGCUGCAAGCCGCCCUCAAAUUGAGCCUCAGUCAAGACUGCCAGGAGGUGGGGACUUCAGUCCCGAAUACCGACGACGAGGAGCUGCAAAAGGCCCUCUUGUUGAGUCUCUCGUGUGAGAAUGACGACGAGUCGAACCUGAAGAAAGCGCUCAUUUUGAGUAUGAGCAAUGUGUGACCUCGAUUUUAAGUUAGCGUAAGAGCAAUGUUUGAGGGACUUUUAGGUGUAAUCGAUUUUUACUAACAUCCGACGCAUGUUCUAGAUUUAGGUGGAAAUUUUUCUAAUAAAACUAACUGUAAAAACUGUUAUUGUUGUUAUUGACCAGAGUUUAAUAAAUUAUGAAAUGUUUUGGUUUAAACUUGUAUUUAUUUAGGCAGUGACGCUUUUUUUCUAAUAUUUUUUAGUUAUUUGUUAUACAUGUAACCAAGUACCUGCAAUAUUCACGUCACGGUGACCAUUAUAGGUAUUUUUUAACUAAUUUAUUGUGAAACUUCAUACUGUGUACUUAAUUAUUAAAAGUUUGUUAUUA